AUGGCGCAAGAGGGGGCCGGCGGCAAGGGCAAGCCGCACGCGGUGGUGUUGGUGUACCCGCUGCAGGGCCACGUGAUCCCCGUUACGCACCUCGCGCUGCGGCUGGCGGCGCGGGGCUUCGCCGUGACGGUCGUCAACACUGAGGCUGUGCACCACCAGACAGCGCGCGCGCUCGGCGUCGACCCGGCCGGGUACGACGCCUUCGCUGACGCGCGGGCGUCGGCCUUGCCGGAGACAAUGGACGUGCGGUACGAGCUGGUGAGCGACGGCCUCCCCGUGGGGUUCGACCGGUCGCUGCACCACGACGAAUUUAUGGGCGCGCUGCUCAAAGCCUUCUCCGGGAACGUUGAGGAGGUGCUCCGCCGCGUCGUCGUGGACCCGGCCGCGACGUGCCUUGUCACGGACACAUUCUUCGUGUGGCCUGCCACCCUGGCUAGGAAGCUCGGGAUCACGUACGUGUCCUUCUGGACGGAGCCCGCACUCAUCUUCAACCUCUACUACCACGUCCACCUUCUCAACAAGAACGGCCACUUCGGAUGCAACGAGCCUCGGAAGGACACGAUCACGUACAUCCCAGGCGUGCCGGCGAUCGAGCCGCACGAGCUCAUGUCGUACCUCCAGGAGACGGACACCACCAGCGUGGUGCACCGCAUCAUCUUCAAGGCGUUCGAGGAGGCACGCGGCGCCGACUACGUCCUCUGCAACACCGUGGAGGAGCUGGAGCCGUCCACCAUCGCUGCGCUCCGUGCCGAGAAGCCCUUCUAUGCCGUUGGUCCCAUCUUCCCCGCCGGAUUCGCCCGCAGCACCGUCGCCACCUCCAUGUGGGCCGAGUCCGACUGCUCCAGCUGGCUGGACGCGCAGCCGGCGGGGUCCGUGCUCUACAUAUCCUUCGGCAGCUACGCGCAUGUCACCAAGCAAGAGCUUCACGAGAUUGCGGGGGGCGUCCUGGCGAGCGGCGCGAGGUUCCUGUGGGUGAUGCGGCCGGACAUCGUGAGCUCCGACGACCCAGACCCGCUGCCGGAGGGGUUCGCGGCGGCGUCCGCUGGGCGCGGGCUGGUGGUGCCGUGGUGCUGCCAGGUGGAGGUGCUCUCCCACGCCGCGGUCGGCGGCUUCCUGACACACUGCGGGUGGAACUCCGUGCUGGAGAGCGUGUGGGCGGGCGUGCCCAUGCUGUGCUUCCCACUCCUCACCGACCAGUUCACCAAUCGCCGGCUGGUCGUGCGCGAGUGGCGGGUCGGCGUGCCCAUCGGUGAUCGUGGCUCGGUGUUCACAGACGAGGUGAGGGCAAGGAUCGAGGGGGUCAUGUCCGGGAAGGAGGGGGAGGAGCUCCGGCAGGCGGUGAAGAAGGUCAGGGCGACGCUUGAGGCUGCCGCGGCGCCCGGCGGGUCGUCACAACGGAGCUUCGACGAGUUCAUCGACGAGCUAACGCGCCGUUGCGGCGGACGCUGAGUUCAGCGAGCCAGUGGCCGUGGAUGGAGCUUAUAUUCAGCUGUAUGUAUCAGUGUUUUGUCCACGCUUGGGUUUACUCUGUCCGGUGCCAUAGAAGAACUCGAACCAUGUGAACGGUCUACAAUCUAUACGUAUCUAUAUACCGUAUACUCUCUCCGCGAGAGAAUAAAUGUA